UAAGAUUUCAAUGAGUUGCAAUUAAUAGAGUAACAAGUGAAACAAGGAUUCACUUAGAAUUGAAUUAUUUAGUCUAUUACAAGGUUUUACCACAAACAAGGUGACAAUAGUCAUUUUAGUCAUCAAAAUGAAUAUUUCAAAUUAUUUAUCAGCUAAUCGUUCAAAAUUGUUUAAAACUUUCUUAUGUUACGUUUCAUUUUUAUGCUUUGGUGCUUGUUAUACCCUUUUGGGUUCAUCUUUAUUUGAUUUACAAAUAAGGAUGAGUGUUUUAUUCACCCAAGCUACUCGUCUGGUGCCGAGUCGUUCCUUUGGUAUUUUGAUUGGAUCAAUAGUCUCGGGAUUUAUUGGUAUAUUCUUGGAAUCUGAAAUGGUUUUAUUUAUCACCAACAUGAUGGCUGGAGUAAUGACUGGUGCAGCUCCUUUGUUUAAACAGUACAAUGUAGUUAAUGCCUGUCUUUUCUUGUCGGGAAUAGCACAAGGAAUCUUGGAAAUAUAUUCUAACACAUUUGUCCUCUCGAUUUGGAACGAAAAAUCGACAAAUUAUGUCCAAGUAUUACACGGGACUUUUGGAUUAGGGUCAUUGUUGGCUCCUCUGAUGGUUAAGUCCUUUUUAUUACCUCAAGUGGCAGAUUCAACCAAUACAACCGAGAGUGCAGAUACAAAUAAUACAACUGACAGUGGAAAUAAAACUUUUGUUGCUUACACUCCAGAAGACGUUAAAGUUCAAUAUCCAUUUCUGUUUUUCGGGCUUAUUAUGAUUCUUACUUCAUGUGGAUUCUUGUAUUCCUAUUUCAAGAGUGGUUCAAUAAGAAAGAGUAAGGUAACUGAAAUAUCUGACGAUCAUCCGAGAUGGAAAAAACUUUUAGUUAUCAUGAUUGGUGCUUUCAUUUGCCAUGCUUCUUUUGCCGUAAACGCUAUGACUGGAUCCUUGGCACCUGCUUUUGUCGUCAAAUCAGACCUGAAAAUGACCAAAAAGGAUGGUGCAAAUUUGGUAUCAACAUAUUGGACCGUCUUCACAUCUUAUCGUUUAAUUUUCAUCAUUGCAACCAAUUAUAUUGAGAAAAUAUUUAUUAUCAUUUUUAAUUGUCUAUUAACGUUGACAGGCGCUGUUUUAAUGUUUCUUUAUGCUGCACACAGUCAAACCUUCGCUUGGAUCUCAUUCAUUAUGCUUGCAAUCGGAUUUUCACCAACAUUCGCAGCUUCCCUCGGUUUUAUACAAGAGUACAUAUGCAUCACACAAAACUAUGCAUCCUUUAUCUUUCUCAUUGGUGCCAUUGGUGACACGGCUCAUCCCUGGAUAAUAACUGGAUUCAUGGAUAAGACACCUGAACUAUUUGCUACCUACGUCAGCUCAUUAGCCGCAGUUCAAGCCACAAUUGUUUUACUUUUACCUUUUGUUUGUGCAAAGCUUUUCAAAGCCAAGACCAAAGAGACUCUCAAUAGAACGUCUUCAUUAAGAAUCAGUCAAAGAUAAUUGUUGUUGUUUAAAUUAGAUUUUCUGCUGUAAUUAAAAUUUUAUGCAUUUGUUUGUUAACCAAAACCAA